AUGACGUCGCUCAUGGGUCACCAGUCUCGUGGUGAGACUAUCGGAUACUCCUUCUCUGAGCCAACAUCCGCUAAUGUCAAGCAACAUUCGUUUUAUCCUUACACCGACAAUGGCGGCUCCACCCUCGGCAUCACAGGCUCGACUUUCGCUAUCCUAGCCGGCGAUACUCGUUCCACAUCAGGCUACAAUAUCAACUCCCGCAUGGUCCCGAAAGUGUUCAAGAUCGGUGGUGAUGACGAAACUGGCGAGGGAGCUCAGAUCCUUCUUUCUGUUGUUGGUUUUGCUGCGGACGGCAACGCUCUCAAGGAAAAGCUGGACACUGUGGUGAAGAUGUACAAGUACAAACAUGGGAAACCCAUGUCAGUCUCAGCAUGCGCACAGCGAUUGUCUACCAUCCUUUACGAGAAGCGAUUCUUCCCGUACUACGUACAUGCUAUUCUGGCUGGUCUGGAUGAAGAAGGCACGGGAGCUUUGUACAGCUACGACCCAGUGGGCUCCUACGAGCGGGAACAGUGCCGAGCUGCCGGUGCCGCCUCCAGUUUGAUCAUGCCUUUCCUGGAUAACCAAGUCAACUCCAAGAACCAAUACAUCCCGGGAAGCGGCGAAGGACAUGCCCUUGAGCCCAAGAAGGCCGAGCCUUUGCCCAAAGAUACGGUCAAGAAGCUUGUACGGGACGCCUUUACAAGCGCCGUGGAGAGACAUAUCGAGGUUGGCGAUGGCUUGCAAAUGAUGAUUAUUACGAGUGAAGGAAUCGAGGAGCUGUUCUACCCUCUGAAGCAGGAUUAG